AUGGUUCGAGAUCAUUUCAAGGAUCGUCUCAAGGAUGUCACCCCAUCUCAAACGUAUGAGGAACUCAUCUCUGUAUGCGAACAGACUUUGGGCGAAUCACACCUCAAGAUAUGCCAAAAAGUAGCCAAAGAGGAAUUAAAGCUAGUUCAUUCGCACUUGCAAGCCGACGAAAAAGUGCAUGUUACAUGUGAACAUCUGAAACUGUGUUAA